GGUGGAAAUGCAUUUGGGUCUGCUCCACACAGUGAUCGAGGAUGUGGCGCUGCGUAGCUGGUCGACGGCGUGUCUUGCGCGGCGUCACCACCCCUGCACGUCCCUGUUCCGCGGUAUCUACGCCUGCAACGUCGAUUGCAAGUCUCCAUGCUGGCGUUCCGCUCAAUUUCGUCCUCCAGGCGACUCGUGUAGCUUUCCCAACAGCAAGAUGUUCAUCGCAUAGCGCUGUUUCGAUGGUGUCGUCGGCUUCCAGGCCUUCUACGCGAGGUUUCAGAAGAACUUUGGAAGGGAAAUCGUUGUUGCAAUACCAAGGUAGACUUUUUAAAGGAUCUAGGCUGAUAUUCGAUCGACGCUCCUUCAGUAGCGUGGAGAGCAUCUAUCAGAAGAAGACCCCGUUGGAACACGUGCUGCUGCGUCCGGGCAUGUACAUUGGCUCCGUAGAGGCCGCGAAGGAUACUAUGUGGAUGACGCCUUCCGAAUCUGCAGCAAAAGAGGACGAAGAAGGACUUAGAAUGAAGCAGCAGGCCGUGGAAUAUGUCCCUGCUCUCUACAAGAUCUUUGACGAGAUCAUCGUCAACGCUGUGGACAACAAGGUUCGCGAUCCGAGCAUGAGGCACUUAGACGUGAUCAUUGAACCUGGAAAUAAAGCCAAUGGAUACAAGCCUUGGAUUUCUGUGUAUAAUGACGGCAAAGGCAUCCCCGUCAAGUUCCAUAAGACGGAGAAGGUCUACGUACCGGAGUUGGUGCUGGGCCAUUUACUCACGGGAUCGAAUUUUGACGAUACGGCAGCGAGAUUGACGGGUGGAAGACACGGAUAUGGUGCCAAACUGACGAAUAUUUUCAGUAAAGAGUUCGUUGUGGAGACAGGGGAUACGUCCACGGGAUUACGAUACAAACAGGUCUGGCUUAACAACAUGCGAACACGUGGAGAGCCAGAGAUCACCGAGUUUACUGGUAAGGACGGGAAAGAUUUUACGAAAGUAUCAUUUUCCCCGGAUCUGGAGAAGUUUGAGAUGCAGAAGCUUACUGCAAGUAUGACACGUGUGCUGAAGAAGCGCGUGUAUGAUAUCGCUGGAUGUUUAUCGGAUGUAGAAGUUACUCUGAACGGCAAAAAGGUGCCGAUUUCGGGCUUCGAGUCUUACAUCCAGGCUUUCCGCCACUCGACAACGAACACCCCGGUUUCGAAGACUGCAAAACCAUCGAAAGACAGCGAGGAAGUAUCUUCUGGCUCAGAUUACAUUUAUUCGCGUGUAAACAAGCGGUGGGAGAUCGGUGUGUUGUCCUCUGAUGUAGGUUUUGUCCAGGUGAGCUUUGUGAACGGCAUGUCUGCGUUGCGUGGCGGUUCCCACGUUGGUUAUGUGAGCGACCAAAUCUGCCGUCGCGUUGCUGAACACGUCAACAAGAAGUUCCCGGAGCUUUCGGUCAGCACGGCACAGGUGAAGCCGCACAUGGCGAUCUUCAUCAAUUGCCAGAUCGAGAACCCAACGUUCGACUCGCAGAUGAAGGAGUACAUGACGUCGCGGCCUCCAACUUACGGAUCAACUUGUGUACUCUCUGAAAGGCUAUUGAAGCUGGUGCUGUCUGACUCUGGUAUCGUCGAGCGUGUCGUACAAAGUGCCCGUGCUCGACAACGUGCAGCUCUACUAAAGAAGGUGUCGUCUACGCGCGCAAAGAGCACGUCAGUUAAUGUCCCUAAGCUUGAAGACGCGAAUCUGGCUGGUGGCCCCCGCUCAAGCGAGUGCUCGUUGAUUUUGACGGAGGGUGAUUCAGCGAAGGCUCUUGCAGUGGCUGGGCUGGCCGUCGUUGGACGCGACCAGUACGGUGUCUUCCCUCUGCGUGGUAAACUUCUAAAUGUACGUGAUGCCACGGUCGCACAGCUUGGAAAGAACGCCGAGUUUGCACAUUUGUGCACGAUCCUUGGUCUUCGCAUGGACGAGCAUUAUGGCACAGAGGAAGCACGUCAAAAACUGCGCUAUGGAAGAGUGAUUGCCAUGACGGACCAAGAUCACGACGGCUCGCACAUUAAAGGAUUGCUGUUUAAUUUGUUCCACACAUUCUGGCCGGAGUUGUUGAAGGAAGGUGGCUUUAUAAGUGAGUUCAUUACCCCCAUUAUCAAGGUGAGUCCUACUUCCAAGCGCGUAGGUACUGAACGUGGCCUAGAGACACGGCGUUUCUUCAGUUUGCCUGAAUAUUUUGAGUGGAAAGCGUCGGUGGAUCCCGCUGAGCUCAAGUACUACGCCAUUAAGUACUACAAGGGUCUGGGUACUAGCACAAGUGCUGAAGGACGUGAGUAUUUCAGCGACCUGGACAACCACCUUGUGGACUUCCACUGGAGUGGUGAUAACGAUGGCGAUGCGUUGGAUAUGGUAUUCAGUAAGGCUCGUGCAGCGGAUCGCAAGGCUUGGUUGUUGAACGAAUACUCUCCCGACUCUUACCUCGACACAAGCUCGGGGGGUGUCACGUACCAGGACUUUGUGAACCGUGAGCUUAUUCAAUUCUCUCAUGCGGAUAACCAGCGAUCGCUGCCAUCGGUGGUCGAUGGUCUCAAAAUCUCGCAGCGGAAGGUUCUGUUCGCUUGUUUAAAACGCAAGCUUACGAGUGAAGUGAAGGUGGCUCAGCUGGCUGGUUACUGCAGUGAGCACACAGCCUAUCACCACGGAGAAGCCUCGUUACACUCGACGAUUGUCAACAUGGCGCAGGACUUCGUGGGGUCCAAUAACCUGCCGCUACUGUACCCGUCAGGUCAAUUUGGUACUCGACUGCAAGGUGGUAAGGACGCUGCUAGUCCUCGAUAUAUCUUCACGUUACUGCAGAAGCACACUCGCUUGGUAUUCCCCGAAGAAGACGACGCGCUGUUACGCUACGCCGACGACGAUGGCUUCCCUGUUGAGCCAGUGUACUACGUGCCUAUUAUUCCGAUGUUGCUUGUGAAUGGGGCGGAAGGAAUCGGUACGGGUUGGUCUUCAUCCAUCCCUUGCCACCACCCGGUGUUGGUGAUCGACAAUCUUUUGAAGCUUUUGGAUGCCGAAGAAGCAGGAGACGAUCUCUCGACUGUGGAGCUUGCACCAAUGACGCCGUGGGCCAAGGGUUUCAGCGGCGGUCUUCGUCAGACUGGCAAGCAUUCGUUCGUAUCUCGCGGCAACGUCGAGCAGGUCAAUACGUCAACAGUGCGUGUGACAGAGCUGCCUGUAGGCAAGUGGGUGGAGGAUUACAAAAAGUUCUUGUGGGAUCUCGUUGGUAAGAAGGCUAUCCGCUCGUUCUCAGAGCACCAUUCGGAGCGUGAUGUACGAUUCGACAUCUCCAUGACACGCUCGGAUCUCGCCAAGUACGUGGAGGACGCACCUAGCGACGAUGCUGGCGAUAGUGAAGCGUUGGUGAAGCUGUUGCGUGUGGAAGCACCUCUGAGUACCAGCAAUAUGCACGCUUUCAAUGCUGACGGUCAAUUGGUCAAGUACGAGACGAGUGAGGACGUUUUACGUGACUUCUACGGCGUCCGUCGUGAGCUCUACUCGAAGCGUAAGCAGCAUCUGGAGCAGCGCCAAACCAAGGAAGUUCUUCGUCUGAGUAACCGUAUCCGCUUCAUCCAGGAGGUGUCGUCAGGUAGUCUGCAGAAAAUCCUCAAGGAACGUAUCCCCAAGGCCGAGUUAAUUGAGCUGCUUAAGGAGCACGAGUUCUCUCCGGCGUCGGCUUUCAAGGAGGAGGCCAUUGACCAUAUCGGAGACCUUGGAUUGGCCGCAGUUGGUCGUGAACAGGAUACUGAUGAUAUCGAUGGAAGUGAAGACUACGAUUACUUGCUGAAUACUUCGCUCAUGAGCUUCACAAAGGAAUUCGCCGACCGUGUGCAGAAGGAGCACGACACCAAGCAGGAGAAGCUACAGACGUUGCAGUCGACGACCCCGGCUCAGCUCUGGCGAGGCGAAUUGGAGCGACUGCGCGCUGUGUUGGUACGUGACCAGGAGUUCCAGCUAUAGACUGCAAGUAGCAGAUAGAUAGAUGACAACACAUAGAGUCCAUGUAGACAAUGGUGGACGUUAUCGUCCACUUCGCUUGUUUUUUGUUGUCUUUAGUUUUGAUUCGUCGAAAACUUGAU